AUGCACGUAGUGCUCGCUCAAUCCACGAUCAUGGACAAGCUCGCCUCCGGCUGCCUCCGGCACGUCGGCGGCGCAAGCUCCAGCCCCUACGCGGCGCCGCUCCAGCUCCAGAGAUCCGUCUCCACGCUCGCGCGGGCCACUGGCCGCAGCCAAAGGCGGGGACUGUCCGUCGCGCGGUGCGUCAUGGGCGCCGCGGCCACGACGGAGCUGAAGGGCGGCGGCGGCGGCGGCGGCGGUAGCUUUGACUUCCAGCGGUAUCUGUCGGCCAGGGCCGGCGCCGUGCACGACGCGCUGGACCAGGCCCUGCCGGUCGGCAUCCCGGAGCGGCUCUGCGAGUCCAUGCGCUACUCCGUCCUCGCCGGAGGCAAGCGGGUGCGCCCCGUGCUCGCGGUGGCCGCCUGCGAGCUCGUGGGCGGUGCCGCCGCGGCGGCCACGCCCGUGGCGUGCGCCGUCGAGAUGAUCCACACCAUGUCGCUCAUCCACGACGACAUGCCGUGCAUGGACGACGACGGCCUCCGCAGGGGCCGCCCGUCCAACCACGUCGUCUUCGGCGAGUUCACCGCCCUCCUCGCCGGGGACGCGCUCCUCUCCCUCGCGUUCGAGCACAUGGCCCGCGGCUGCGCCGAGCUGGGCCUCCCCGCGGCGCGCACGCUCAGGGCUGUCGCCGAGCUCGGGAGCGCCGCCGGCGCCGGGGGAGUCGCCGCCGGGCAGGUCGCCGACAAGGCGAGCGAGGGCAUCCCCGUCAGCUUCGCCAUGCUGGAGUACAUCCACGUGCACAAGACGGCGCGGCUCCUCGAGGCCUCCGCCGUGUCCGGCGCCAUCGUCGGCGGAGGCACGGACGCGGAGAUCGAGAGCGUCCGGCGGUAUGCGCGCAGCAUCGGGCUCCUGUUCCAGGUGGUGGACGACGUGCUCGACACGACGUGCACGUCGGAGCAGCUCGGGAAGACGGCCGGGAAGGACGUCGAGGCCGACAAGGCCACGUACCCGAAGCUCCUCGGCGUCGACAGGGCCCGCGCGUACGCCGCCGAGCUGCUGGCCAUGGCCGAGGCGGAGCUCGAGGGGUUCGACGCCGAGCGCGCCGCCCCGCUGUGCCACCUCGCGCGAUUCAUCGCCUACAGGCAGCAUUGAUAGCUCGAUUCAGCGAACAGCGCAGCCAAAAUUAUGCGGUUGCACGUACGAAUUAUUUGUACACUUUUUUGUUUACUUUUUUGCU